AAUAUAUUUAUGUCAAAUGGUCGUUUGUGUGCCUUGGUGUUUAUUUACAAAAGAAACUCAAAAACUACGCUUUAAACUUUCGCAUUCCACCGCAAAAUGAUAUUUGAAAAUAUAUUCAUUACCGUCGGUACAACCCAAUUCGAUGCUCUAAUCCAAACGAUAUUAACUGAAGAGAUCAUCCAAUCAUUUCACAAAUUCAAAUGCAAGAAAAUCACCAUGCAAAUUGGCCAGGGAAAAAUUGAUGAUCAAGCAGUUCAGCUAUUGUCUAAGGAAUUCGAAAUUGAGGUUUACGCCUUGAAGCCAACAAUAUUGCCGGAUGUGAAAUCAGCCGAUUUGGUGAUAAGUCAUGCGGGUGCUGGUAGUUGUAUCGAAGUGCUGAAUGCUGGAAAACCACUUAUCGUUGUGGUCAACGAGAAAUUAAUGGACAAUCAUCAAUUGGAAUUAGCGCAAAAAUUGUCCAGCGAUGGCUACUUGUUCUACUGCGUUCCACAAACUCUGGCAACAACAUUGGACGGAAUGGAUGUCACCGAAUUGAAACCGUACCCGAAAGGGAAUGCGAAAGGUUUCGUCAAGUAUUUGGAUGAGUGGAUGGGAUUCGCUUAGGUUUUAAGUGACUGUUGAUCUGAUUUUACAAAUUUUCUAAAUUGUUGGCAUUUAAUUGAAGUAAUCCAUUCGUUUUGUGAAGCAAUUCCUUCUUGGUACAUGCUGUCGUAUUACGAUUAUGUAGAUAGUUAAAUAUUUUUGAUAUUAAGAGAGAGUGAAGAUGUUAAAUGAUGGCAGUACACAGGGGGAAUCCAGUUUCAUGUUGUUAAUUAGUAAACUUAAUGUGCCAGCUAAUCGACAAAUAAAAAGUAUAUUUUCGUGGUAUUCA